AUGCCAAACCCUGGAAUAUUCAAAGGUGCUUGCAAGGAAUUCUUGCUCGCACAAAAAGGAAUAUACGCCGAUGCUGUGAAGAAUGGUCACGUCGCCGAGACGUUAAUGGCCAUUCAGCGUCGAUAUUUCAAGCGCUUUCCCGUCGAAAUGCCUCUCAACCAAGAUCCAACACCAGAAGCUCUUGCUGCAGUAAAUGACAAUGACCCUGAUGAGGAUGUUGCAGAACCGGACCGGGACUUACUUUCAGAGGACGAAUAUAAUAUGCAGAUGGCCGCUUUCAAGGCAAGGCAGACUGUGCUCAUUGUCCGUAAAGGACAAUUACGACGAUGGUUUGCAUACCAGUAUGCUCGGGAGAAUGGACCCAAGAUGAACUCCAACGUCACUCUCCUUGCGGGACUUCUUCAACGGAUUUAUAAUCCGACCAAGGAAUCUCAACGUCCUCGACUCAAAGCCCCUGUGAACGUGUGGCGAAAAUCGCAGCGCGAAGCAAUAGAUAGGGCAUACGAGAACGAGAUCGCGCGUGCUAAGGAGCAAGGAGAGACUAGGGCAAAGGCAAACAAGGCAGCUGAUCGUGAUAGAAUCGCCCGAACUAUGUUUCAGGCCCUUUCAAUUCAGGAGCAGGCCCAGUGGAAGAAAGCAGCUCAAGAGGAGCACGAUGCUGCAAUGGAGAAGUUCAAAGCAGAAUCGUCGGGUGCUCCCCCUUCAACUGAUCCAAGAGAUUGCCAGAGAUCAAUUCAAAGCUUGCCUCAGAUCCUUCAGCCCAUUUUGGAUGCCAUAUGUGCCGCGACUGGAUGGAAAGCCACGCUCAUUGCUGGAGGUCCAGAACCUGCCAGAGGGGGUCAUUUGAGUGUUAUUAGUUUGCAUUCAGGGUUGACGUCGGGGGACGUUAAAAUGAACUUUGGGCAGGCAGAACGUGUAGGCUACAAGAAACAUAUCAUUCCUAUCUUUGGAAGCUUCCUCCACAAGUGCUACUCUAAAGAAGAGUGUCAAUCCCGUUCGCUUCCAGAGGAGGAAGGAUUGCUCCCGAUGGCAGACCUUCAAUUUGACGAAGCAAACGCGACAGUUCACGCUCUUGCUGAUGGGAAUCAAAAUUCAGAGGCAUCCGGUACCGGAGCUGUAGUCGCCGAAGAACUCGUAUCCGCACCAUCGCAGUCGGUGGCAGUAGAUUGCGCCAAUGGCAACCCAUUUCCUGUGGAUCUUGUUUCCGACACUGAUGAGGGCGACAUUCGUGACAAUGAGCCAUACUCGCGUGGCCCAUCACCUGCUCUCUCACUUCCUGUCAGCAGACCUCCAUCACCAUCUCCACAACAACCUCCCUCUGCUGCACAAGUCCCUUCGGAGCAGCCCUCGUCGGCAUUGAACGCACCCGUGGAUUCACCAAGCAGCUUGACCGCUGCCGCCUCUUCUGCAAAGGGUGUCACCAAGGCCAAGAAAGGGAAGAAGAAGGCCAAGCCCACCGUUUCAAAAGUGGACCGUCCAAAGCGAAAGGCUCCCGCCGCGACAGCAGAUUCAGCCUCUGCUGGUGUUGCUCCACCUCCCAAAAAGAAAACAAAGCAUUCCUGGCAUUACGAGGAUGAAUUUGGACGUCUCGUCGACAAGGAAGGACGUCGUAUUGAUGCCAAGGGAAAUAUUAUUCCGCCCGAGCGCCUUGAUGCUUUUGGGAACGAGAUUGUCACAGGAGUUGAAGGGAGUGCGCCAGUGUAG